UAAUAUCCUGAUAUUUAGAAGAAAGUACUAGGUGGCUCUCUUUUUGACUUCAUAGGUAAGAAUGAGAGGGGAACUGUUCUAGCUAGGAUAACAGGAACACAGGGAUAACAGCCGCAGACCAAUAACAGGAGAUAACAGCGGAUUGUGCUGUUACGAUAUUUUACGCAUAGUAUUGCUCUCGCGUGUAGUAUUUUCUACAACAGUUAUUUUUGUUACGAAUAACAGUUGUUAUGUUCCGUAGGGAAAUAUUUGUUCUUUUUACCUGUUACGAUAAAUACGCCUCACCGCUAUAAACAAAGUAUGGAAAAUAAGAAAAAAUACUAGUUUAACUAUUGAUACCAGUUUCAUAUCAUCAUCAUCAUUGACAUUGAAAAAUGGUUCGAAGACUUCGGGAACCGAGCACUACAGACGAUGAAAUAGUAAUAGAUACGUCGCCGCCAAAGAAACAUAAGCGUCACAAACAUAAAAAACACAAGAAACGUAAACUUGAGAAUGAUAUUGACAGUGAUACCUCUAUCGAUGUUUCAUAUGAAGAUGCUUUGGAAAAAUCGUUCAAAAGAGUUAAGGCAGACAGAGAAAUGCCAGGCACCUCAGCAGCGGACCUAUUAAAAGCACAAGCCAUGAAAUCCUCUUCAGAUUCUCGAAGAUCUAUACCUGGAUCCUCAUCAAGCACGCCUCCAAAAGCAUCCACAAAGAAAAAGAAAAAAGGGAGAGAUAGUGGCACUUCAAGUGAAGAAGAAAGAUGGUUGGAUGCUAUAAAAUCAGGCAAAUUAGAGGAGGUUGAUGAGGAACUGAAAAAAAUUAAACCCAAAGACCCGAAAAUGAUGACAGCACGACAGAGGGCUAUGUAUGAAAGAGGAACUGAUAAAGAAACUUGUUCUGGCACUGAAGUACUUUUAGCUCUUCCAUCAGGGUACAAGGAAAAAGUCAUGACCGCAGAAGCCAUUCAAAAGGCUGCAUUAAAGUCACAGAAAAGGAAACAAUUAGCUGAUGAAAAAAGGGAGAAAGACAAAAAGAAGACCAUGGACAGACUUCUUAAGAAGCAGGAAUCAAAGAAUUUAAAAAAUGCACAGAAAGGCAAACCAAUCAGAAAAUUAGAACCAAUGAUUGUAUAUAAAAAUAAUCAUAAAGAAACAUCUUUAUCAUUACCACCAGGUAUUUCAUUUCCUAUAGAAGCUAAACCUCCAAGAGAAGCACCAAAGCCAGUAAAAUGUGCUAUAGAAAAUUGUGAAAAUCUUAAAAAAUAUAACUGUUCAAAAAGUGGUUUACCAUUAUGUAGUCUUGAAUGUUAUAGACAAAAUUUAAUAAAUAUACGAAUUAUAUAAAAUAAUCUUUAAAUUUUUUGCUACAUACCUAUACUACAUCCUUGCAUUAUUCUCAGUAAAACUACUGUAUAGUAUUAUUGGUCGCAAAACAUCUCUAAAACAUGUAGGUAAUGAAUGAAAUAUUAUUUAUUUUAUAGAUACUUUGCCUAAGUAUUCUUAUAUACACACAUAUCCACAUAUGGCGCAGCAUCCA